CAUGUGAAACAUUUAUAAAAUGUGUAAAACUCUUAUUGGAGCAAUACAAGCAGGAAAAGUGUGGCUCAACACUGGUUGUAAAAUACUCAUCAUGUGCUGCACUUACACAGAAUUUCCCCCCAGACAUCAAGAAAACACUGGAUGAAUGUAUGAUUGCUGCGUUUUGCUCUGCAGCUGUUUGACUUCGACGUGGAGGUGCAGCCCGUCCUGGAGGUCUUGGUGGGGAAGGUCAUGGAGCAGUCUCUGCUGGAGGUGAUGGAGGAGGAGGAGCUGGCCAGUCUGAAGGCCCAGCAGAGGACCUUCGAAGAGCUGCGAAACAGCCGACUGGCGGAGGUGCAGCGGCUGCAGGAGCAGGAGAGACGCCACAGCCAGGAGAGAGAACGUAGGAUAGCCCAGCAGAAAGAAGUGCUGAGGAAAGAAAAGGAGACGGCGGAGAAGAUCGCUGCUCGGGCGAUCACCCAGCAGUACCUGGCCGGCCUGCAGCCCGCGGUCUUCAGCUCCCUCAGAGGUCACGGCUUCUUCUACGACCCCGUGGAGAGAGAUGUUGAGACUAAUUUCUUGCCGUGGCUCAUGGCUGAGGUGAACGACACUCUGAGGAAGAGAUCUACAGCGAGGCAGACGCUGGACAAUCUCAUACAAGACGUCUGCAGGAAAAGAGUGGAGGCCUUCAUGGAGCUGGAGGCACAGCAACACACAGACGACACAUAAACACUCCAAAAUGAUGACAACUUUAGCUUCAGUGUGUAUUGUAUGGGAACGCAUCAGUGUGUGGACGUGAGGCAUGAAGCUGGUUUUGUUUUUUUAAACGGACCA